CCCCCCAGCAGGUUGCCAGAUGAGCCAUUCACCUCAAAUCCUGCUGCAGCUCAACCCUUAACCCUUGCAUUGGGAAAAAAGCUUUCUGACCAGCCAGAUACUUCUGGCAACGUUGGGUGCGAUGUAGAGUGUGCUGGUGGCCGACAAACUACUGUCUGUGGUCUGAUGUCAGCGUCUGGCCGUCGGCAGCGCCGUCAGCGUCGGCAGCGCGGCUGCCAAAAACCACCCUCCAGAACAGAGGCCUCGGGAAUACAUGGUGGCCAAAUUAUUGCCACCAAUCACCAUGGGCUCGGUGGCUGUGAAUCUACGCAACGGUAG